CAGACAAUUUCUCCUCUCGCUUCCAACCCUAUAUAACAAAUCGCUUGGUGACCCUUCAUCCCUCACCCCUCUCUCUUCCGCCAUUGAAUCACCUAAACCCUAGUAUUUCGCAAUCCCUGUCCCACUCUCCCUGGAGCUAGCUUUCUCUCUCUAGGUUUGGAUCUCGAUUUCGAUCAAUUGCAGAUUUGGGGUGGGGGGACAUUGUCAAUUGGAUGGUAGUUUGAGGGGAAGCUUGCUGGUUUAUCUGCUAUUAGCAGAUUCUCAAGGUGAAGGUGUCAAGAUUGAAGUUUCUUUUAUGUCCGAACAGGCCGCCUUCUUUUUGGGAUUGAUUGGGUUGCUAGGAGAGUACUGUCCUUCGUCAAGAAAAAAGAACAGAUCCAUACCUCAAAGGAUUGGCUGUAUGCAUAUCGGGCCAUUUCUGGAAUAUCCUGAGUUUGGUGGUUGCAAUUGGAUGCAGCCAUUUCUUACUGCCGAAGAUCAAUCUUCUCUUGUUCAGAAAACCUUAGAAGACAAUUUUGCUGCUCUCUACACUUCAAAUCUCAUCAUUUGCUCCCUGUGACAUCUAGUAUUGUUGCUCUACAAUUUCUGCACUGCAGUCAAGAUGGCUUUACUGAACAUUGGUGGAAAUAGUGAUGAUGCCUUCUACAGGUAUAAGAUGCCCAAAAUGGUUACCAAAAUUGAGGGCCGAGGAAAUGGCAUCAAGACAAACGUAGUCAACAUGGUUGAUAUCGCAAAGGCUUUGGCAAGACCAGCUGCUUACACCACGAAGUACUUUGGUUGUGAGCUUGGAGCCCAAUCUAAGUUUGAUGAGAAAACUGGGACUUCUCUUGUUAAUGGGGCCCAUGAGACUGCUAAACUUGCUGGCCUUCUUGAGAACUUCAUUAAGAAAUAUGUCCAGUGUUAUGGCUGUGGAAACCCUGAGACUGAGAUUCUGAUUACCAAAACUCAGAUGCUCCAACUGAAAUGCGCAGCUUGUGGUUUUGUGUCAGAUGUGGAUAUGAGGGACAAACUCACUACUUUCAUUCUUAAGAACCCACCAGAACCAAAAAAGGGAUCCAAGGAAAAGAAGGCAAUGAGGAGGGCUGAGAAGGAGCGACUGAAGGAAGGUGAGGCUGCUGAUGAGGAGCAGAAGAAAAUUAAGAAAGAGGCCAAGAAGAAGGGCACUACAACCUCUUCUAAGGAUGGCACAACAAAAGCGAGCUCUUCAAAGAAGAAAGCAAGUGGCUCUGAUGAGGAUCGCACAUCACCUACUCACAGUCAGGUUGAUGAGAAGGAAGAAGAUGAUGAAGAUGAGGAUAAUGAUGUUCAGUGGCAAACGGAUACAUCAGCGGAAGCAGCUAGGCAACGCAUCCAAGAGCAACUGAGUGCAGUGACAGCUGAUAUGGUCAUGCUCUCUACAGAUGAGCCAGAGAAGAAGAAAGCACUGAAUAAAGCAAGUGAAAAUGCUGAAAAUGGAAAUUUGGUCGCUCGCAAGAUGCUGACUGAUGAGGUGAAAGAAAAUAUAAAGAAGGGUAUCUCUACAGAUGAGCCAGAGAAGAAGAAAGCACUGAAUAAAGCAAGUGAAAAUGCUGAAAAUGGAAAUUUGGUCGCUCGCAAGACGCUGACUGAUGAGGUGAAAGAAAAUAUCAAGAAGGGUAUCUCAGCAAAGCAAUUGCAGUCCCUUCUGGAGUCACUUUCCGGGUCUUCCCAAGAAAAGAUGAAUGCUAUGUAUGAGGGGCUAUUUGAUGGCAUUGAGAAAGGGUUUGCAAAGGAGGUGAUCAAGAAGAAGAGCUACCUUACUGCUGCUGUUGCUCAGGAUGAGGGGUCGCAGUUGCUCUUGCUUCAUGCGAUUGAGGAGUUUUGUGGGAAGUCAAAGACAAGUGCAAUGAAGGAAAUUGCUCUGGUUUUGAAAGCACUUUAUGAUGCUGAUGUCUUGGAGGAAGAGUCCAUCGUCCAGUGGUAUGAAGGAGGACUGAAGGGAGGCAAAAAGGACUCUCAGAUAUGGAAGAAUGCUCGACCUUUCAUUGAUUGGCUCCAGAGUGCUGAGUCGGAAUCUGAAGAGGAUUGAUCUGUUCUAAUUUCACUUGAGUGAACCCUUUUUCUUGCAGAUGUCUCUAGUUGUGUCUGGUAUUGGGAAUAAAUGGUCGUUAUCUAUCUUGUCCUUGUCUUGUCGUAGUUGUGAAUUUCAAAUUACUGUCUUUGAUGAUGUCUUCCAUGUAUUUGCUUGUUGCUUUGUCUGGCUCGGUGUCGAAACAUUAAGUGAAGUUUGUUCGUGUAAAACUUCCUUCUCUUUCAAAAUAUGUUUAUCUUCGCUGUCAA